UAUAUUCGGCGGACAACAAUUUUUGCAUAUGCUUUUUCGCGGCAUAUAAUUGUGAGCAUAUAUUUUGAAUGAACUGUUGGAUGAGUAAUUGCCGCGCAUAUGUCGACCACUUGGUGAGCAGUGGUAUUAAAAAAAAAAAAACAACCAAGACUCAAGUCUCCAACGACUUUUGCCUCCGUCUCCAGAGCGACCAGAGCACGAAGUUGCCAUUCUCCUCUCCGCCAGCUAAAGCAAAACCUUUACUCUUUCUUUCGUCCGCAAAUUGCUAUGGCGGGCACUCUUACUAUACUCUCUAUGGUAUUUUCGAGCGGCAUCACAUCCGCAAUUUUGCAGGUGGUUGUUUGCAAACUUGCAGAUCUCGCUUUCGAGAAGAUAGGCCGGAGUGAUGAGGUCUCCGGCAAGCUCCAGCAGCUCGCGCGAAGGCUGCAGAAAAUCGACUCUCUUGUCGAAGACUUGGAGAACAAGCAAACCAACUCCAACGCCUGCGAGGAGCUGAUUGAAGAUUUCAAGAAUGCCCUUUUGGAUGCUGAAGAUCUGCUGGAUAGGAUCGAUCUCGAAAAGCCGAAUUUCAGGGACAUCGAUCCGUCGCGUUUGAAGUCGGAUGACAAGCGUGAGCUCAGUCGGCUGCUGAAAAGAGUUGACGGUUUAGUGAAAGAGAUGGAGGGUUUCUUCUUGUCGGAAAUUAACAGGCAGCGCAGACCUCCUCAAAGUUUGGAUGUUAAUCCUCGUACUAGUUCGUUGGUUGACGAGCUGUCUGUGUUCGGAAGGGGUAACGAGAAGCAGGAGAUGGUUGAGAUGCUGCUGGCGGAGCGGAGGGAGGAUGUUUCUGUGAUUCCGAUUGUGGGUAUGGGCGGGACCGGAAAAACAACACUUGCUCAACUUGUGUACAACAAUGAAGCUGUCGUUCGAGAGUUUGAGUUGAGGAUGUGGGUGUGUUUUUCUUCUCUAGACACUGAUUUGGUUACCGUCACUAAAUCAAUUUAUGAGUCUGCUACCAAAGAGGUUUUGGAGUUGUCGAAUUUGGAUGCUGUUCAGGUCGCACUACAGGAGAAAAUGCGGAUGAAGAAGUUUUUGCUUGUACUCGAUGGAAUGUGGAACGAGAAUUCGGCUUUCUGGGAAGUCUUGAAAUUGCCCUUUAAAUUUGCGGCGCCAGGGAGCAACAUUGUGGUAACUACUCGAAGCAAAAUUGUUUCAUCGAUUGUAAGCACUGGUCGGCAUUAUCAUUUGCACACUUUCUCUGGUGGCUCUGGUCAUGAAGCUUGUUGGGAAAUAAUCAAACAGAGCUUGGGUGGAAAUCUUGAUGGAUAUGAAGAUUUGCAGAAUGUUGGGUUGGAGAUAGCAAAGAAGUGUAAAGGUCUCCCGCUGGCAGCCAAAGCAAUCGGACGUGCCUUGCGGCUCAAGCUAGAAAAAGAGUGGGAUCACAUUCUAAAUUGUGAGCUUUGGGACUUUCCAGAAGAUUAUAUGAGGCAAAUCUAUCCUGUACUUAAAGUGAGCUAUGAUCACUUGCCGGCUUAUUUGAAAAGAUGUUUUGCUUAUUGUUCGAUUUUCCCUCACAACUUUCAAUUUGAAGAGGAUGAUUUGAUCCAACUAUGGGCAGCAGAAGGCUUCAUCCAACCCCAAAAAACAAGAAGUGUCGAAGGCAUUGGAAGAGAGUACUUUGAUUUCUUGCUCUCGGGGUCUCUUUUCCAAGUUUCAUCAAACGCUGCUGGUGGCCGAAAAUAUGAAAUGCAUGAAUUCAAUCAUGAUUUGGCGAGAUUGGUUUCGACCAACUUAUGCUUUCGUCUGGAGGAUAGCAUGUCAACCUUCUUGCCCACAUCUAGAAAUGUACGGCACUCGUCUCUGCUUUGUCAAGAUAUUAAACCAUCUACACUGGAACAGUAUCACAGGUACAAGAAGUUGAGGACAUUUAUAUUGCUUCCUCGUGAUCCAACCAGUCUUAGUGAAGUUCCUCAUGAUUUUUUUUCAAAGUUGCCAUGCUUAAGGGUUUUGAAUUUGAGUCGUAGUCAAAUCACUGAGUUGCCUGAGUCCAUUGGAAAAUUGAUGCACCUUCGAUACCUCAAUCUUAAUGAUACCCUUAUCAGAAGAUUGCCAAAGUCGUUAGCAGAUAUAUGUCGGUUAGAGAUACUCAAGCUCAAGAACUGUUCUAAACUCCAUGAAUUGCCUAAGAACUUAAAGAACUUGAGUAAGUUGCGACAUCUUGACUUUGAUAGACCCAAUCAAAUCAGUUCCUGGCCAAAAAAUCUUGGGAAAUUAACUCUUCUCGAAACCCUGCCUGAAUUUAGAGUGGGAAAAGACAAAGGAUGUAAAAUUGAGGAGCUUAAGAACAUGACGUGCCUUCGUGGAUCACUUUCCAUAAAAAAUCUUGAGAAUGUGGCAGAUGUUGCAGAGGCUGAGGGUGCUAUUCUACACAACAAGCAAUAUCUUGAAAGUUUGGGAUUGCACUGGAACAAUGGAACCAGAGAUGCAACAGUUGAAGAAGCAGUUCUUGAGGGCCUUAAACCUCAUGAUAGGUUGAAAAGGUUACAAGUAGCAGGUUAUUUGGGUUCAAACUUUCCAGAUUGGAUAGGCCAAUCAUCGUUCUGCAAGCUUGAAAGUAUUCGUUUGGAGAAGUGCCAAUUGUGUACAGUACUUCCUUCUCUUGGUCAGCUUCCAGUUCUUAAAGAACUUGUCAUUGAAAAGAUGGGUGCUUUAACAGACGUGGUUCGUCACUUUUGUGGGUUGGCAGGUUCUUUUCCAUCCUUGGAGACACUAACAUUUUGUGACAUGCCGAAGUUGAGAAUUUGGUCAGGAAUCAAUGAAACUGACAUGCCUCGCCUUACAGAGCUUUGCAUUGAUUCUUGCCAAAAUUUGGUCGCCCUACCUUCACUUCACCACCUAACUUCACUUGAAACUUUAGACAUCAACGGGUGCCCUCAGCUUCUAUCAAUUCCAGGCGAAGGACUACCACGCUCACUCAAACAUUUGAGCAUUUCGGACAGUGACAUAUUAAAGGAGCGGUGCAAGGGAAGAGAUGGUGCCGAUUGGAACAAGAUCAGAUGGAUCCCUGAGAUAGUGAUUGAUGGUGAUGAAAUUCCAAUGGACGGGCGUGGAAACUGAAUCUUGCUGCAUCUCCACAACCCACGGAGCUGUUCUGAGCUUGACAAUAAGGUGGAACACGGAGCCCUCUGUUUAGAUUGAUCAAACGAGUUGAAGUAUCCAUCUGCGACCUCCUUGCAGAUGAACUCCUCUCUGACCCUUGAUAACUUGUGUUCUGACAAAGCUUGGCUGCUGCACAAUUAGCAGCAGCUCCUGCUAAAAAAACCAAUGUUAUAUAUAUAUAUAUAUAUUUAAAGCGCCAUUUUGUUGAAAAAAAAAACAUGUAUUGUUGAUAGGCAGCAAGUGGUGGAUUCUCAUGGUAGAUAGAAUAUUGCUCUUUGUUUGA